AUGCCUGAAGAUGCAAAAGUUCAUGUCGGAAAUUUAUCGUUUGACACGAGAGAGGAUGAUUUAAUGUAUGAAUUUGAACGUUAUGGACGCGUAGAACAAGGUAUUGCAUCGUAUGAAACUUGGUUUCAUUUUUGAUUUUAUAUUAGAAUGGAUGAGAUCGUGACUUAGCUAUAAUAGCGCGAUCUACAUUUAUUGGCAAUCGUUCUGAAAACAAAUCAUGCCUGAAUUAGCUCAUCGAAUACUGUUUAAUAUUGCUGUAUUUAUAUGCCGUCAAUAUAAAUGCGUCUGUAAACAUGUUAAAUGACAGACUAGACAUGAACUAUAUAGAUAUGAACUGUAUAGCUAGAUAGUUAUAAUAUUAUUCUGACAACGAAAAAUUUAUUAUUUUACUCCGUCUUUGGGAUUUGAACUUGCAUCUUCGGGUAUCUAGACCGUCACUCUACCCAUUGAGCUAUCGAGUCAACGGGGAUUGGUAGCGAGUCUUAUCCAAAUUAUUUCCGUGGCGACUUAACGCUAGUCUUAAAGGACGCGCAGUGUUUCAAUUCUAUUUCAGACCCAUCCUCGGAGAUUAGAAAAACCAGUUUCAUAUUGCGAGUUCAAAUCCCGCUCGAGCCAACAAAUUUCACAUUGGUCUAUGCAUUGUCAGAAUAAAUAUAUGAAACUGGCUUUUCGUAUCUCUGAGGAUGGUUCUGAAAUAGCUAGAUAGUAUAGUUAUGUGACUCUGAAGUUAUUGUUUCGUUUAGUUCAAAUCAUCAAAGACCGGGACACGGGAAGGCCAAAAGGAUACGGUUUUGUGAUGUUUGAAAAUAGUGAGGAUGCGAGAGAUGCCAUUUAUGGCCUGGACCAAAAGGUAGCUAUCAAGAAACAUGAGAGAACCCCCCCCCCCUGAAUUUGUCAACAUAAUCUUGUAGUUUGUCAUACAUAGACAUACUUUCAGGGGGGGUGCACUGCCUGAAAGUCAUCAGAAAAAUGCAAAUACCCAGAUAAAAUAUUGUGUUUGGUCAAACUGGAAGCACUCUUCUCACAUGUGAGGUUAAAUUAUAAUUCAAAGAUAAUUAAUUUUUGGUAUGUGUAUAGAAAUUCCUUGGCAGAGUCAUCAAAUGUGAAAAGGCAAGACCACGGCGAAGCGAAGGUGGGGGUGGCGGUUACCGUGCUCCAAGAGACUCGUUUGAGAGGCGAGAUUUCCGAGACGACCGGCGAGAUUUCCGAGAUGACCGACGAAGUGGCAGGCGUGAUGAUUUCCGCGGCCGUGACGACUUCAGACGAGAUGAUUUUCGUGGCAGGGGAGACAGAGAUUUUCGCCGUGACGACUUCCGUGGCCGUCGUGGUGGUAGCCGAGAGCGGAGAUAUUAGGGUAAGUAUGGAAGACCAGCACUUGAUGGUACCCUAUCUACUUGCACACCACUGGUUUCCUCAAUAGCAACCAUCCAACAAGCAACCCAUGCUUCCAAAAUGAAUCGUUCUGUCAAGCUGUUUCCUUUGUAAACCACCAGAAAGGUCACAAUAGUCAGUGAAAAUCAGUUAAACUCAGUGAAAGUUGCUCUAGUUUCUUCCUUGGUUGUCGGCUUCAGUAAGACACCUAAUUUAUCUUCAGACUUAUUAUAUAUUGUUACCAAAUGCUGUACAAUAAGUUCAGCAUUUCAACUCCAGGUGAAUAUCUGUGGCCAUCCUACUCAAUAAGAGCUAUUCAACUAGAUAGUCAACACAAAAAUGUUAUGAAGGCAAUAAUCACCUUGUGGCAAGUUGAAUAUUACCUGCACUGAAAUAUGGUAUCCUUCUAAUUCCUUCAACCAAACCUGAUCAACAUGGCCAACCUUUCAGAGUAAUUGAAGUUGCUUGUUGCAACCAUGUUACCAAAUUUUUGCUUCUAGAGCAUUCAAUGGUUCUAGUACUACUCACAGGACAGACAUGUGACCAAAUCUAUUGUUACCAGGGUACCAUGUUUGCCUCAAUAAUAAGAUCAUCUUUCCAGGAAAUCUCAGACACCAAAUGUAUUGCUACCAGUAUAAAACCAGUAUACCUUUGUUCAUCUUUGAGAGCUCUGUACCAUCAAAUCUAUCCAUAAAUCUAUCCAUAAAUCUGUUCAGCCAUUUAGUUUUUGAAUUCUAUUCCAACCAGUUACCAUGAUACCAUAGUUAAUUUGUGCAAUAAGAUUACCUUCCAAAUCUAUUGUUACCAUGUUUGCCUCAAUAAUAAGAUCAUCUUUCCAGGAAAUCUCAGACACCAAACCAAAUUGUAUUGCUACCAGUAUACCUUUGUCCUCUCUGAGCUGUACCAUGAAUUCUGUCCAUACCAUCUGUUCAGCCAUUUAAUUUUUGAAUUAUAUUCCAACCAGUUACCAGGAUACCAUUGUUCAAUUUGUCCAAUAAGAUUACCUUUCCAAUGACCUUGACCCAACUGUAGCCAAUAUCCGAAACCAUAACUGUCCCAUUGUUCAUCAGCCAAACAGUUACCCCUAUAUGUUCAAAUCGACGUUGUGGGCCUAGUUAUACCAUCUGAUCACACAUUCUAAGGUUACCUGCCUGUUACAGUACCAGUGAUACCUUAUCAAUAAAAUUGAAUUAUCGAUUACCUUACCAAUUUAAAACGUUAUCUAGUGUAUUGUGUGCCAAAAUUACCAUUGUUACCAAACUUACCAUGCAGCAGUGUAAAAUUUAAACCUAUGUGCUACGGUAUUCUAACGCUUACGAUCCGAUUAUCCCAUCUAGAGGGUUACCUAAUAUAUCGAUCUAGCUCGCCCAUCUUACGUCAUUUAAAGGGUUACCAGAGUUCCUAGAAUCCAGGGUUACCAUGGUUUCCGAGAAGGCUACCCAAUGUAUUAUUCGUUCAUUGUGUUUUCCUUUGACCCGCAGAUUCGAAGCUCAGCAAAGAUGCAGACAGACUUAUCAUCUAUGAAAUAUUCGUCAACAGACAAUUGUAGUUGGACGUUCCGCUAUGAUAAAAGUUUUAAAUAUGUUCGUUACUAA